AUGUUUAAAGUCAGCCCAGCCCCGCGCUUCCUCCUCUCAUCCGCGCGACUCGGCCGUCCUCUUCCCCCUCGCAUCUCCCAAAACAUCUUUGUUAGACCCCAGCAUCUUAGCUUCUCCAAGGUUACCAGCAAACGUGUCCUGAAUCAACCAGACUGGACCAAGAUGGCCGACAAGGACAUGGAAAAGUACCUCAAGCAGACGCAUGACCGCGUCUUUGAGCACAACAAGCGCUGGGCCGAGGAGAAGAAGAAGCAGGACCCCAACUUCUUCGUCACUCUGUCCGCCGGUCAGACUCCCGAGUACCUCUGGAUCGGAUGCAGUGACUCCCGUAUCCCUGCCGAGCAGAUUACUGGUCUCGAGCCCGGUGAGGCCUUCAUCCACCGCAACAUUGCCAACCUCGUCAACAACAUCGACCUCAAUGUUAUGAGCGUCAUCAACUACGCUGUGCGCCACCUCAAGGUCAAGCACAUUGUUGUCUGCGGUCACUACGGCUGCGGCGGUGUCAAGGCUGCCAUGACCCCCACGGAUUUGGGCCUCCUCAACCCCUGGCUUAGAAACAUUCGCGACGUUUACCGUCUUCACGAGUCCGAGCUGGACGCUAUCAAGGACGAGAGUGCUCGCUACGACAGACUGGUUGAGCUCAACGUCAUCGAGCAGUGUCGCAACGUCAUCAAGACUGCCGCUAUUCAGCAGUCAUACGCCAAGAACAAGUUCCCAAUCGUUCACGGUUGGGUCUUUGGCUUCAACGACGGCCUGCUGAAGGACCUCAAGUUUGACCACGAAGCCCAGCUUGAGGAUAUUAUGAAGAUCUACCACCUUCCUGACGACGCCUAA